GUCGAAUUCGUGGAAUAAAGACGUUCGUAUUACUAGUCCUUUUCUUAUGCUAGUGUCUUCAGAAAGACUGUGGCCCGGUUGUACGCAAGUAAGAAGCUAUAAGGAUAAAUCAGGAAAUAGUCGCGCCAUCAACACCAACAAGCAUGAUAAUUCUAUCUCGACAAAGUAUAGAAAUGUAAUCUAAAUUCAUGUUGUCUGCUUCUCCUGUUUGUUUCUGAAAAACAUGAAAAAUAGUUUCUUAUGAUGAUGCAAAAAAAAUAUUUCUCAAGCGGCGAGGAGACGGACCGCGACACAACCACCACUCGGGGUUACUAGUACUACUAAAUAGUACUACUAUUAAGGCCCAAGAACUUUCAUUAGUCAUUGAAGUUGGUCACUGACAGCGAAGCGGAGACCCCUUGAGACAACACUGGAAAUCUAAGGGAAGAAGGGGAAAGCUCUGUAAGGGGCCUUGUCCGGUUCAGAGUCAGUGACAAAUGACUGCUGACCUUUAAUACUAGUAACUAUCUUCACAACCUUUUUGGGUCGUUACGGUGAUUACCAGCAUUCGCGUCACCUUCAUCCUAGGCAGCUUUACGACAAGCGAAUACAGAGGAACUCUCGCACAGAGGAACUCUUUUUUUUCGGCAGCGGCGGGGCAGUUGUUCCCAGAGGACCUGUGUAACUACUGCCAAGUAACUACUGUCACAGCGUCUUGUUCUUUCCACCUCGUUUCAUUCAGAAUCAUGCGAAGCUGAAGAACGCGAAGAUCUGCCUCAACUCUUGCAGCUGGCAUUACCGACAACUGAGACUACAACUAGUGACAGCGCGGUUAUUUUACAACGAGAAGCCUCGCUAGUACAGCAAAGGUUGGACUCGAAGUGAUAGCGGCAUCUUCUCUGAAAAAGAAGAACAAGAAUAACACUGUACAGUUUGCAAAGAGAAUACAACAAGAGCGCGUGUUGAGGCCUAGUACACGCGUUGAGGCCCAGCUGCGCACUCCUGGCACAACAUCUUCGACCCCAACUUAGAUAGAAGUUGACUUACAAGGACUACAAAAUGGAAGGCUUGAAGGAUCCUUGUGGAGACAGGGCAGUGAAGACCCUUCCACCACCACCAGCAAAGCCAUUGGACGAAGCGCUUCUUUACCCAGAUGGCGACAAGAAAAAGCCAGAUGUAGCGUGUCUCAAAAAGCAUCUCUUGAGCUACGGGUUGAUGCAAGUUGCCCUACUAACUUCUAUCUUCAUCUCUAAAAGUAGUUGUACUUGUAGUAUUUGUGAACAACCGAGUACUUGUAUUUGUGUAGAGAUAGAUAGAUAGUUCCAAAAGUGUAUUUUCUAUAAGGACCUCCUCAAAAGGGUAUUUUCUAUGGGAAAAGAGAUCCUUAGAGAAGAAUAUGCAACCUAGAACUAGAUGGGCCAACAACUUUCUCCCGCUAAUCGAAGGAAGGGAAGCUAGCAAAGUCGACACUGUUGGACAUCAUUGCGAGAGUGCAGGAGAUCUAUAGAUCAGAAAGCACGCUGGUACUACUUGCUACUGAUUUUUACCUACUUUUUCUUAAGACUUCUGGAUUCGAACCGAGGAAACCAAAAUAUCAAAAAGCCACCCACAUCAACGCAAUGAUUGAACAUUCUUAUUUUUUCUACACUGACUACAGUUGAAAAGCCACAGAAGUUCUUAUUCAAGCUCUUACUCUUUUGCUUUCAAUAUUCUCUAUUCUGAUCUACAACCACAGGUGAAAGUCCGAGAUCCAAUAACAGUAGUCGGGGAUAUACACGGACAGUACUACGAUUUCGUGAAGCUUUUAGACGUUGGGGGCGACCCUAUGACAACGCAGACGCAAUAUCUUUUUCUAGGUACAACUACCAUCCACUUUUUAGUCGUAACGACUAUUAUUCUCGUACUAAGAACAGGAAGAUUAGAACAAGAACAUACAAGAGUAUCAGUACAGUCCUUUAUUAUCUAUGGAGAUAGAAUCCGGUCUAUUUAAUGCACAGCCCGUUCUUCCCUCACUGCUCUUCCUCCUUGCUGUGCGCCUCAUGUUUUUGCCAACUGCUACUACCAUUUUACAUCAGGCGACUACGUUGACCGAGGGAGCUAUGCAAUUGAAGUGCUAAUGGUGCUUUUUUGCCUAAAGAUUCAGCUACCAAAACGGAUAUGGAUGCUUAGGGGGAACCACGAAUGCAGGCAAAUGAGCUCAUUCUUUUAAGGCUUGCUCCACUCAUGAGCUCAUUCAUCUUGUGAAGCAUCUUCAUCUUGUGAAGCAUACGUUAAACCUUUUCUAUUGGCGAAACGCGCUAGAGACGACUACCAAGAUGAUGACGAAUUUGGUCAAUAGCUCUAAUUCUUUAACUUCAGGGACGAAUGCGAGGCAAAGUAUGACACAACAGUCUACAACGCGUUCAUGGAGUGCUUCGAUGCACUACCUCUAGCCUGUCUCAUCAAUGGAAAGUUUCUUGGCGUGCAUGGCGGGUAAUAAUUUCUAUGCUAUUUUUUUUGGAAGCAUCGAUCUUGAUCUUACUCAGCAUUUGUUUACUCUUUCUUAUAUCUUGUUGCAGCAUGACCUUUUUGUAGUGUCUGUCAUGGUUUCACUAUUCAUCCAAGACGUACAACAAUAAUCACAACAUCAGGAUAUCGCCGGACCUGGUGUCGUUGAAGCAGUUAGAUAGGGUCGACCGGUUCGCGGAGCCACCAAGGGAGGGUGUUUUGUGCGACUUAAUUUGGGCAGACCCGAUGGACGAGGCAAAUGAGGCUAGCGCUAAAGUUAAGGGGAAAUAGGCUAGUCGUGCUAAAGCUAAGGGUAAUCUUAUUAAUCUUAUAAUGGAUGUUUUUGUGAGUUAGUUUGUGAAUUCUGGUGAGGCUAUCUCAUCGUCUCGUUCUGCAGCAUCUUAAUUGAAUCCUGUGGUUUUGAAUGGCGUGAGCACGAGUUUACAACCUCUGUUCUGUGAUGAUCAGCUGUUAUCCUAAUUCACGCCGUUUUGAAGAUCGUCUUGAAGAUGCAAACCACGAAAUGCAUAGAUUAGACUGUCACUUCUAGUUCUAAUCACGACGUCUUCGUGAAGAAUGAAGUGCGCGGAUGCAGUUGGUUCUUCACCUAUGAAGCAGCGACGCAGUUUCUCUACAAGAACUCACUUCUAAGCGUCAUUCGAGCACACGAAGCGCAGAUAGAAGGGUAUGUUCGUUGGUCAUCUAGGCAUAUAGUUGUGUUUGAGAGUGAGAUUAAUAGGAUUGGCGGGAAUGAUCCUCGUCUAUGAAUUUGCUAUUUUUUCAUCUUGUUCAGCUUUUUUAUUGAAGAAGCCUGAUCGUGAAUUCCCAUUCCCUAAACCUCUUGCACCAGAUACAAAAUGCACAAGACGAACAAUGCGACUGGAUUUCCGACAGUUAUCACGAUAUUUAGUGCGCCCAAUUACUGCGACGUCUACAACAACAAGGGAGCAAUAUUGAAGUUCGACAACAACACGCUGAAUAUCUUGCAGUUCAACUUCUCACAGCAUCCCUAUCAUCUACCGAAUUUCAUGGACGUUUUUACGUGGUCUUUGCCUUUUGUCGUCGAAAAGGUAGGAAACUAUAUAUAACGAUCAUGGCUUUAACGACUUGCAUUACUGUAUCUAGAACAAACACCACCUCCAGUAUAGGUACAAUCAUCAUCAUAUCGUCCCGCCGGUAGUCGAGGUGGAGUACUACUCGGGAUGCCCAUCAAUCAAUCAAUCUCUGAUGAAGAUUGAUCAUUUUUUGCCCACGCAUAGGUAAGAGUAAGAUUGAUCUAAGAACCACAGUCGUCGAACAUCACGGACGAACAACAGAACAACAAUUUUUAGCAAUGUACCUCUUGCUAGGCAGAUUAACCACGACUCAAUCAGUCACUCAGUCAAUCAAUCACUCAGUCAAUCAAUCAGGCAAUAAAUCCAUCAAUGAAUCACGGACCCACUCACUGAAUCAAAAUCCGAUGACAGGUAACGGAGAUGUUAUAUUACAUGUUGCAGCCAUCGACAGAGACAGAGGCGGAGCAAGACAUACAAGAAAAGGACUUGCCACCUGCAGUCCAAAAGAUUGUGCGAAAUAGUCUGUCGAUGGAGCAGAAUGAUGUGGUAUUAAAUAUACCUGAAUGAAAUAGCCUGUCGUCUUAUUUUUACAGUCAACCUUAGUUGAGGAUGGUCUAUUGUGGCGUAGUCGAGCAUGUAUCCUCAAUAAAAAAAACAUUCGUAGUACCCUGUUCUAAGUACUCACACAUUAGAUAAAUCUAGCGGCGCGACUAGCGGAAGGUCUGGAGGGAGAGGCAACGCAGAAUAAAUCAGUAAUGCCUACAAACGAGCAGCUAGAUCAAAGUGAGAAGCACGAUCGUUUGCGGAAAAAAGUGAAAACUAUUGCAAGGAUGGCACGUACUAUUGAUUCCCAUUUACUAUCGAUAUUUGAGGUUUGCUAAUUUGGUUUUGUUCUAUCUUUAUUUUCUAUGCUCUACAUUUCUAUGAGAUUUCGCUCUGUGUCACUCUCACUGUCAUCGGGGAAUUAGUUUCCUUUUAUUUGUAGAAAUAUUUAUUGUACAACCUGCCUUGAAAGAAACUUCUAGCUACUUACUUAUGUUUGUUUCCAGCACCACGUUGAUCUCCAGCAUCGCCAAUAAAGAGGAUUUUCUCACUUCUUCCAGGUAUGUUCAAGACUCUGCGACAGGAGAAUGAGGCAGUGAUCCGACUGAAGGGCGUGUGCCCAGGGCACAGACUGCCACCAGGGCUAUUGUUGGCAGGGAAGUCAGGCCUCGCCACGGAACUAGAGAGGUUCGACCACGCUCGAUCAGUAGACAUGCGCAACGAACAGCGACCUGACUAAUUAUCUUAUGGUGAAAAUUUUAGGUGGAACAAGUACAAGUAGAAGAUUCAAUCUAGAUGUAGAUUGUUUAACAAACAAGGAAGAUCUGACAAAUCUUAUGGUGAAAGGCCACUCUCAUUGACUCUCUCAGUUCGUAGUCUACACGCUAUUCACUAAUAAUCUUCUGUGUCAUUCACAUUCUCAUCUCAUGUCAACAAAGUAUAUCUCAUCCUAGGAAUGCACACGCUAAUAAUCGAUACUAGUGACGCGACUUGUGGGGAUACUGGGUGCGAUGAGCGCGAACGGCGUUGCCUGACGCAGAAGUACAAGCGUCAAUUUCCUUGAUAAUGUCUACUUACUUGAUAAUGUUUUUGUUUGUUUAUCCAUCCUCGCUGAUAGGAGUUACUUUAUUCGUCAUUCACGUCAAAGAAAAAGAUCGAAGUAGUAGAUCUAGUUGUACUGGUUUCUGUCUAUUUUCUUGAUUUAUCCCGAGCAACUUCCGAAGUUGUAUCUUAGUUAAACAUCCGGUAAGUGUAAAUGGUCAACCUUUCUAAGCUUUCAAUUAAAUUUCCUGAAGAUGAUUAGUUGUAGAUCCUUAACUAAGAUAUCUUUGUUUAGUUUUGCUGUAUCGACGAAGACGCGGAUGAAGUAGAGAACAACAAUUUAAGCCUCCUGUAUUAUCACGAUCGCGAAGAAGAAGGUUUAUAUUAUAUGAUAUGUCGCUUUCAGGAGUAGUUGCGUAGAGAUCUACGCUAGUUGUAGCAUAGGCAUUAUGAAGGUAGCCAAUUUUUUCUUUCUCCAGCUUGUUUAUGUAUGUCACCCAAAUCUAGCUGUUUAUGUAUGUCUCCAGCUUCAUAAUGUCACCCGAAACUAGCUUGUUUCCUCCCCUUGCACACUUUGCCGAGAGAGGAAGCCAGUUUUUCCUUUCUCCAGUUGCUGCAAAGUGCAUGGUGAACGUAACGAUAUAUCCACAAGAUAACGCAACCGUUUUCAAUUUAGUCUAAGUAAGAGAGUCAAGAAAACGUGAAAAAAUGUGGGACUAUCGCAAUUCCUACCACUAUCUAAUGAGUAGCUGACUAUGCUUCAUCUGUUUUCGCUUCGUCAUUAAAUAUACACUAGCCUCCAUAAGCUUCGCCCGGCUUCAGGUUUAGCUUUAGCACUUCGCCGCCCACGGGCUACAGCUAGAGACAGCCCGCGGGUUCGCUAUAGAUAGUUCGCUUCGUUAUAAGUAUACACUUUUUAUGAAUACGAUUCAUAGACACGGACGGACGCGUGGGCCGACAUUCUUCAUAAUGUUUCGCUCGAAUCAACAUUUGCCUGUAAAUUGUACAGACUAAUCGCGUCUAGGUAGCAACAAUCUCGUCGUCUAGGCAGCUAAAAAUGGCACUGCUAGAGGUGGGGAUGAUGGAUGACGCGACACGUAGUAAAGGCAGGCAAGAACAUGAAGACAAAAAGUCUGACGGGAUUCAUUUCAGCUUCUUGUUUACAAGCUGCAGGCCGCCUACUCAUUCAAUGCCAAUUAAUAGAUACUAGAAUCCCUCGUUAUGAUUCAUCAUUUUUCCGCUACGCUUAACAACGUUGAGAGCCAAGAGGCACCGCUCUCAACGUGGUUGGAGGCCGUCUCCAUCCCAAAGGCUGUCGUUUUUAGUCUUGAUUUUUGGAAGCCUCUCAGAAACUAUUUUGAUGCCUUGCGAUCGCGAUUGAUCCCGAUGCUGCCGCUCCCCCCUUUAUUUUGUCGAGAUAAAACCACCUACGGCGCGACGAGCAACUCUCUUUGGAUUUCGAUGUUUUUCUUUACUCUAUGGCUGUACUAGUAAGUGAUUUUUCUAUCCUGGAUCUUCAUUUUCUGCUACUUUUUCUGCGUGCUCUUUUCCGUUCAAGCGACAUAAAUGAACAACAACUCGCCCUUCCAGAAGUCAAGGUCCGCAUGUCACCACCAGGUCUUGAUGUCAGUUCUUCUUCCAAUCACAAUUCGAUUUCUUUGCGUCCAACAGCUUAAAGGGUUGAGUUGAGCAGAACCAGUAGAAGUAAUUCUUCGAUUCUUCGAGUUUCUGC